CCUUUGUUCUGGUGAGUGCGAUUAGCAUUUCUACAGUUGUUAGGGAAAAACCAUGCCUGAGCCUUCGAAAUCUGCUCCGGCCCCGAAGAAGGGUUCCAAAAAAGCCAUCACUAAGGCGCAGAAGAAGGACGGCAAGAAGCGCAAGCGCAGCCGUAAAGAGAGCUAUUCCAUCUACGUGUACAAGGUGCUGAAGCAGGUGCACCCCGACACCGGCAUCUCGUCCAAGGCCAUGGGCAUCAUGAACUCGUUCGUCAACGACAUCUUCGAGCGCAUCGCGGGCGAGGCGUCGCGCCUGGCGCAUUACAACAAGCGCUCGACCAUCACGUCCAGGGAGAUCCAGACGGCCGUGCGCCUGCUGCUGCCCGGGGAGCUGGCCAAGCACGCCGUGUCCGAGGGCACCAAGGCCGUCACCAAGUACACCAGCUCCAAGUGAGUGCGCUCCGAAGCACAGUCGACCCCAAAGGCUCUUUUCAGAGC